AUGAAUGCGUCUGAACUCUUGCAACAACAGUUCUUUCGCGAAUGGAAUUUCUCAUCUCGCCUUUUGUUUUACUCAAUAAUUGCUGUCACUUCGUUCACUCUUCCGGUACUAGUACUGAUUUUGGCACUGAUUCGACCCCAUAGGAAUUCCCAAUAUUUUCCAUAUAUGUGUGGAAUAAUUAGUGGAAACUUUGUCUUGUUAUCUACAAUUUUCACAAUGGUAGUAGCAGAAAAUGUUCAUAUUGUCUACUAUUACUUCCCCGGAUACCUAAUCUGCAAAAUCUCAACUUUCGUCGUCAACAGCGCUUCAUGUUUCAUUCAUUGGACAUGGGUCGGAAUGUACGCUCAAAGAUUUAUCCAUGUAUUUUUUCCACUUCGAUCAAGAAGAAAGCUCCCUCGAAGCUCGUGGAACACACUCUUAAUAAUUCUCGGUCUAUCAUGUGUAUGCCAAAUUUGGGCUCCAAUCACAAUAACCGAGCGUCAUGUCAAUCACGAAAACGGCACUUCUGGCACGUAUUGUGCAGAGCAUCCGUAUUUUAGCAGUUCAUCAAAAAUCAUAGUCCUCGUGGAAAGUACUAUCACAUUUUUCAUCCCAUUCAUGCUCACUGUGCUCGCAGACAUCUCCGUUUUGGUCUCGAAAGUUCCAUGGCAGACCCCAUUCAAACUGAUUUCCGCAGAUGAUUUGAGAAGUAACAAUAGAAGUGAUAACAUGAAAAUUGUCUCGAGAUUGAAUUUGGAGUAUGCCGAAAAACGGAGGAUCAUUGCUAUUAAACGAUGUCUGGUGUCGGCGACAUUCACUCUUGUCCUAAAUCUCCCUAAUUAUGUUCUUCAGUUGAUCGAUGAGUUUUACAAGUUGAGAGUUCAUGAAGAUAUAUCUGUUCGACGAGUGUUUCUCCAGGCGGACGCAGCUGUAUACAUUCUUUACCUCUUGCAAUUUCCAUUAGUACCUGUGAACAUGUAUUUUCUCCGACAAAACAUCACAAGAAGCUCCAGAAAAUUGCGAGAGAAGACGACACUACAACAGGAGCACAGUAGAUCAUUCCAAGUUCUUGAAAUGAGUAAUGAUAGGGUUCCAUUGAGCACAACGAUUCUUUCGCCAACAUCAAUUCCAUGA